ACUACUCCACGACACUUGUCCUGGUUUACCGCCCAUAAAAUCUCGCCGCACUAGAUACCCCAUAUACCCUCUCUUACCCCUCCACACGCAAACACAACACAACACAACACUCCCACUUCCCCCAUACACACCCCACCAUCACAGAUCAACAAUGUCUGUAGUAGGAGUCGACUUGGGUACGCUCAACAGCGUCAUCGCUGUUGCGCGGAAUCGUGGUGUCGACGUUAUUGCAAAUGAGGUUUCCAACCGCGCGACACCAUCACUAGUAGGCUUCGGCCCCAAGAGCAGAUACAUUGGUGAGAUGGCCAAGAACCAAGAAAUUUCCAACCUCAAGAACACGGUCUCGUCGUUUGUGCGCCUCGCCGGCCGCACCCUCCAAGAUCCAGAUGUCCAGAUCGAGCAGGACUUUGUCUCUGCCCAGCUUGUCGACAUCGACGGCCAGGUGGGCGCAGAGGUCAACUACCUGGGCAAGAAGGAGCGAUUUACCGCCACCCAAAUCACCGCCAUGCACCUCACAAAAAUGCGGGCCACAGCCUCUGCCGAGCUCAAGCUGCCCGUAAACGACAUUGUCCUCAGCUGCCCCGUGUGGUACACCGACGCCCAGCGCCGCGCCAUUCUCGACGCCGCAGAGAUUGCUGGCCUCAAGUGCCUAAGACUCAUCAACGACAACACCGCAGUCGCCCUCGGCUGGGGUAUCCCCAAGCUCGACCUGCCUGGCCCAGAAGAGAAGCCACGGAGAGUUGUCUUUGUCAACAUUGGCCACAGCAACUACACAGCCACUGUUGUUGAGUUCCGAAAGGGCGAACUCGCCGUCAAGUCGAGCGCUUGGGACAGGCACUUUGGUGGCCGCUACAUCGACAAGGCCCUUGUCGAGCACUUCGCCAAGGAGUUCAAGGAAAAGUACAAGAUCGAUGUCAUGGAGAACGGAAAGGCGCGUUUCCGUCUCGCUGCUGGUGUUGAGAAGCUCAAGAAGGUGCUCUCUGCCAACAACAUGGCGCCCAUCAACGUCGAGUCCAUCAUGAACGAUGUUGACGUGCGUGGUAUGCUCAAGCGUGAGGAGCUUGAGGAGCUGAUCAAGCCGCUCCUUGAGCGCGCCACUGCGCCCAUUGAGCAGGCUCUCGCCGAGGCCAAGCUUACUGUCGAGGACAUUGACUCGAUUGAGAUGGUCGGUGGAUGCACACGUGUCCCUGCCCUCAAGACGAGGAUCCAAGACUUCUUUGGAAAGCCUCUGUCCUUCACUCUGAACCAAGACGAGGCUGUUGCCCGUGGAUGUGCCUUCUGCUGCGCUAUCCUCUCUCCAGUCUUCCGUGUCCGUGACUUCUCCGUCCACGACAUGGUCAACUACCCUAUUGAAUUCACAUGGGAAAAGUCCGAGGACAUUCCCGAUGAGGACACCAGCCUCACCGUCUUCAACAAGGGCAACGUCAUGCCAUCCACCAAGAUCCUGACCUUCUACCGAAAACACCCAUUCGAUCUUGAAGCCAGAUACGCCAAGCCUGAACAGCUUCCAGGAAAGAUGAACCCCUGGAUCGGCCGUUUCUCCGUCAAGGGCGUCAAGGAGGACCCCAAGGGCGAUUUCAUGAUUUGCAAACUCAAGGCACGCCUUAACGUGCACGGUGUGCUCAACGUUGAGUCUGGAUACUACGUCGAGGAGACCGAGGUCGAGGAGCCAAUUCCUGAAGAGAAGAAAGAGGGUGAUGCAAUGGACGUAGACAAGGAUGCUCCCCCAGAGCCACCCAAGAUGCGCAAGGUCAAGAAGCAGCUCCGCAAGGGAGACUUGCCUCUGUCGGCGGGCACUGCUUCGCUUGACGAGGCUUCCAAGCAGAUUGCUGCUGAGCGCGAGAACGCCAUGAUUAUGGAGGACAAGCUCGUUGCCGACACCGAGAAUGAGAAGAACAACCUUGAGAGCUUCAUCUACGAGCUCAAGGACAAGAUUCUCGACGUCUAUGCCGAGUUUGCCAGCGAUGACGAGAAGGCCAGGCUCAACCAGAAGCUUGAGACCAUUGAGGAAUGGCUGUAUGACGAAGGCGACGAUGCGUCCAAGGCACAAUACGUCUCUAAGAAGGAGGACAUCCGGUCCAUUGCUGGCCCUAUCAUCCAGCGCUACAACGACAAGAUCGAGGGUGAGAGGCAAGCCGCAAUGGAGAAGCAACAAAAGGAGCACGCUGCCAAGCAGGCUGAGCUGGAGCGCGCAAAGCGGGAGGCCGAGUCUAAGAAGCAGGCUGACGCGCCGCCUGCUGAAGACUCAAAGGACACGGAGAUGGCUGAUGCCGAGGGCCAAAAGGCCGACGGCGCUGAGGCGUCUUAGACGAGGAGAUGUAUGCAGGCGUAUUGGCAAAUGGAAAAAAGCAUUUGAAUGGCGUAGUGUAUAUGACAAACUACGCUUUGGGAGGAAGGAAAGUGGUAUUCGACUUUGUUCAUUUUGUUUUCUGUGAUGAGAUCAUGGUAAUGCAAUGCUUAUGAUAGACCAGUCCAUAGAUGAACGAAUAUGAGAUUCGAUGUCU